ACUUGUUUCCGAAAAGUUUGCCCUCGGCUUUGAAGAUGUCGCGUGCUGUGAAACAAAAACAAGAGGGUGAAACAUUGUCGGCACUCGUAGCAGUUGGCUUGGCAUUUGUAACUAUUCUCAGUGUGUGGAAGUUAAAAAAGUUCAAAUAUAGGUUUAUAAAUGAAACUGGAGGGGCAAUGUUUUAUGGCAUGCUUGUGGGUUUAACAGUGAAGUAUUUGUCAUUUGACGGAGCAGAACAUAUGGACGACAUGGACACUGUGUGCAGCUGUGGCGCUCUUAACAGCACUCCUCACAUCUUGACUGUGAACAUCACACCACACUUUCACUGUUUCAGACAUGUUGGGAAAGUCAGCCAACGAUGCCCAACAGUCUCAACCCCUCACACGGAGACCUUUGAUCCCGAGGUCCUUUUCAAUCUGUUCCUGCCACCCAUCAUCUUCCAUGGAGCUUACACCCUUAAUCAGAAACGAUUCAUUGACAAUCUUGGAUCUGUUCUGACCUUUGCUUUUAUGGGUACUAUAAUCAGCUGUAUGACCAUAGGGGCCUGCGUCUACGGCUUCACCAGACUGAUGGUGCUGUUGGGCCGAGCGGCAGAUGGAGACUUCUUCCUUACUGAUUGCCUCCUGUUUGGUGCCAUUAUGUCCACCACUGACCCAGUUGCAGUCCUUGGAGUGCUGUCAGAGCUGCGUGUGGACCUGGACCUGCACGGCCUGCUGUUUGGCGAAAGCGUCCUGAAUGACGCCGUGGCCAUCGUCCUGACGCAUGCCAUCACCACCUACAGCCAGAUGGGUGCAGGACAUGCCUUCGACCCCCCUGCUUUCUUCCUCUCUGCUGGUUAUUUUCUCGGAGUGCUUGCCGGCUCCUUCCUCCUGGGAUUCAUAUUUACAGUCAUAACAGCUCUCCUCACCAAAUUUACUCGUCUAUGUGAGAACCCACUGCUGGAAAUAUCCAUCUUCCUCCUGCUGUCGUGGAGUAGCUUCCUCUCAGCCAAAGCCAGUGGACUUUCAGGCAUUGUGGCAGUGCUGUUUUGUGGCUUGAGCCAGGCGAGGUACACAAUUCACAAUUUAUCUUCUGAGGGCAAGACCAGGACCAAGCAGCUCUUUGAAGUCUUCAACUUCCUGGGGGAGAUUUUCAUCUUCAGCUACAUGGGAUAUGUAUUGUUGACAUUCCCUCACCAUGUCUUCAAAGCUCUCUUCAUUUCUGGGGCAUUUCUCUCCAUCGUCAUAUCAAGAGCCUGUAACAUCUACCCCUUGUCUUUCCUCCUGAACCUGGGACGCACAAGGAAGAUACCACGCAGUUUCCAGCACUUCAUGAUGUUUGCAGGUUUCAGGGGGGUUGUGGCGUUUAGCCUGGCUGCAAGAGACACAUCCACAGAUGCAAAGGGCACCAUCUUCACCACCACUCUGCUGGUGAUUGGUUUCACCGUCUGGGUUCUGGGCACAGCUACUGAUCCCACGCUGCGCUAUCUGAACAUCAGAGUGGGGGUUGAUGCAGAUGAAAAUUCAGAGGACUUUUCUCUUGAGGUUACCACAGGGAGGCCAGACACAACACAAGGCCUGUGGCACCGCCUGGACAACAAAUAUCUAAAGCCAGUGCUGACACAUCAUGGCCCUCCCCUCACCGACUCACUGCCACAGUGGUGCGAAGGAUUCGCCAGACUCUUUGGCAGCACCCAUGUCCAAGAGGUGGAAGAGCAGCUUUGUGCGACUGAAUCAGACGACACUACCUUCAGUUUGGAGAAAGCAGAGAUCCAGCUUGGAUCCAUAGGAGGUGAUUCUGGAUCCGCGCAGCCGGAAGACCUGCUGGAGGGUGACCUGGGACUUGGUACCAUUCCUGCUCUCCCCAGGGAGGCCUGAAGCUCCAGGAGUCACCUCCAACCCCAGCUUAUCAGACCCUGCUGCCCUGAGGCUAAGGCCCUUCCUCCCACAGUGAAUGGGGUCACUGGCCAGGGCAUCUGAGAGGAGCUGAGUGGGAGUCUGCGUUACAAUGGCUCCCAAAAGGUCACACACUCCUUGUGCUGACAUGCAUGCAAAGACACACUUGUAGAGGGAGGAAUGGCAAAGGCCGUUGCUCUCUCUGUUGCUCUGCUGAUGAUUUUCUUGGCUUGUUUUGCUCCAGUUUAAGGAACUUUAAAAAUCUGAACUCGAAUAAUUCAAUUUUUAACACUGUGCACAGGAAGCAGGAGUUGACCCCGCAUGCACUUCUUACUUUUCACCCAGAAAGUAAACGUUCUGGUGAGUAUACAACAUGCUAAGUUACACAUUAAUUGCCAGUGGCGCAGCGUUGUGCGACUGUUACAUAAGGUCUCGGUUUCAAGCUUUAGGGAGAAUUGCUCAUGAAUAUCUACAGUGAUUGAAAGCUACGGUAUUUCCCUUAAUCAGCUAAAACGGUAUUUUUGUGCCAACUUUGCUUUGCUCUUCCCAAACUGCUUAUUAAACUUUUAUUGCACUGUUUUCUGCAACAAUCCUUUUAACUGAUUCAAAAUGUAUUUGCUGAAUUUAUUACCCCUCCCCCCGUCUCCCGACACGACUUACUUAUCAUUCUGCGGCGGGCUCGAAUACUUCCAAAUGCUUAAGUAUAUUAACAGCAUUUGGAAAAGAGACUACUAGCACGUGUGGUUUCCUUGGACUUCUUUAUAGAUUGCACUUUGCUUUCUGAGUGCAUCAUUAUAAAUCUCCAGGCCCCAUUCCCCUUGUGUGAAGCAGGGUGUUGUGUACUGCACAAAUCCAAUCUGUGAAGGUUAGGCUUUGUGAAUAUGCAGACUGUUUCCCUCAUAUUAAUAAAGCCAUUGUCCUUGAAGUGAGAGCUUCCCAUUUCACGUUAUGAAUGCAUGGGUGCAUCACUGGAAUGCUCCUCUGUUCCAGUCCUCAGUUGCUGCAAAAAAAUACAGUGCGCUCUCCUUUGUUUGCACUGAUUCUUGAAUUCAGUUUUGCUCAGAGCAAAAGAGACUGAAUGAUAGCAGCGUAGCGUCACCAGACCUCAGAUAAAGACGCUUUAGUUUCAUCCCCCCAAAAAACAAACUUAAGUUGUUGUUUUUUUCUCAAAUUCUGAGAAUAAUGUUACUGUACUUUGUACUUUGUUACUGUACAAAAAUUUGAACCCAACACUAUGUCCAAUCCCUUUUGUUACAGGUUUAAUUGAAGAUUUUUUUUCAUGCACUAAAUAGAUAUAUUUUUUCUCAAAUUUUGGUUGCAAAAAUUCAUUAACCCUUUAACACCUAGAGCGGCAUCAGUUUUCUUGUGCUGCAUUCAUACGCCUUUCACAGGCAUUAAAA